CGUUUUCCUCUGCCCCCUCCACCCCUCCACCCCUCCCCCCUCUCCUGUUCCUGUUCCUGCUCCUCUCCCUUCGUUAGCAUGCUCCUCCUGCUCCUCCUGCUCCUCCUGCUCCUCCUGCUCCUCCUGCUCCUCCUGCUCCUAUGCUUCGUCCUUCUCGAGCCCUGCUUCUUCGCUCCAACGCCAUGCUUCAUCCUUAUCUCCCAACUCCUCCUGAUCUCAGUGCUUCAAGCCGAUUCUUACCAUCGCCCAUCAUCAACUAUCGUUUCUCAUCUUCUUCUCUUCAACUCUGUUCUUCCGCAUAUUUCAUUCCCAACGCGUCGAUCGGCUCCCCAUGCCAUUUCCACAUCUACGUACUCUUGUCCUUCUGGAAAGCACACCGAUACAUUCUAAACUUAUACUCAUCUUUCUUGGCCUCAAAUUUCCACCUUUGCUGCCUGCUCUUGUGCUCCCAGACUCUAGUCUUUCAGCUGUACGCCAGCUUCCAUAUCCUCGUUCCCUCUCGCUGCGCCAUGUCAGACUCUUCUUUCAUCUAUUCGUUCUGUGGCAUUGGUUGACGAGAUGGAAUACCUAAAGAAAUGAGCUCAAGGGUUUGAAAACAAACAGAACUUCAUAAGCUUGCGCGUUGGGGAGAUGGAUUCCAAUGAGGAUCCAAAGAAUCUCACAAACAGCAAUGUACUUGCCGUGGGUAGCAAGCGGCAGCGCGUUCAGGUGCAGAGACUUCGAUUCAGCGAGCUGGCUUUGAAGAACAAUCAGAAUUUGACACCGGUGAA